GGGGGGCCGAGCCGAGCCGAGCCGGGUCGGCUGUGGAGGGCGAGAGGGACUUGGCCGCCAGGAGCUGCUCCGGCUCCAGCGCCCGCGCGGCUGGCCUUUGGAUGAAGAGUCCUCGCUGCUGACUGUCGCUUCAGCCCUCCCUGUGUGGCCGCGAGUCCGAUUCUUAGGAGUGCAGUUUCCGUGGUCAGGGGUCAUUGGGUUGCUCUGCUGUGCUCCAUCACCUCCUCCUAAAGAUGCAUCCUGACUUAUCUCCACACUUGCACACUGAAGAAUGCAACGUCUUGAUUAACUUGCUUAAGGAAUGUCACAAAAAUCACAGCAUUCUGAAAUUUUUUGGUCAUUGCAAUGAUCUUGAUCGGGAGAUGAGAAAAUGCUUGAAGAAUGAGUACAUGGAAAAGAGGACCAAGAGCAGGGAGCAUGGCAAUGCGAUGAGAAAAAGACUUUUUAAUCCCGCAGAGGAAUCUGAAAAAUAAAUUACAGGCAUACCUCGUUUUAUUGUGCUUCGUUUUAUUGAGCUUCGCAGAUAAUGCAUUUUUAUCAAAUUGAAGGUUUGUGGCAACCUUGCGUUGAGCGAGUCUUUUGGUGCCAUUUUUCCAACAGCAGUUCUCACCUCAUGUUUCUGUAUCACAUUUUGGUAAUUCUUACAGUAUUUCAAACUUUAUAAUUACUAUUAUACUUCUUACGGUGGUCUGUGAGGUCACUAUUGUCCUUGUUUCGGGGCGCCAUGAAGCGUGUCCAUAGAAGAAGACAGCGGACUUAGUGUUGUGUGUGUUCUGACUGCUCACCGACCAGCCCUUCCCUCGUCUCCCCCGGCCCUUGGGCCUCCCUGUUCCUGAGACUCAGCAGUAUUGAAAUUAGGCCAGUUAGGAACCCUAUGCUGGCCUCUAAGUGUGUAAGUGACAGGAAGAGCCCCCCUUCUCUCACUUUAAGUCAAAAGCUAGAAGUGAUUACGCUCAGGGUGAAGGGCAUGUUGAAAGCCUAUAUGGGCCGGAGUCAGGCCUCUUGUGCCAGUUAGCCAAGGUGUGAAUGCAGAGGGAAAGUUCCUGAAGGAAAUCAAAAGGGCUUCUCCAGCGGACAUGCAAAUGCAGAGAAAGCAGACAGCCUUACUGCUGAUCUGGGGAAGGUUUCGGUGGUCUGGAUAGAAGAAUGGACAUUCUGUUAAGCCAAAGCCUAAUCCAGAGCAAAGUGCUCACUCUCUCCAGUUUCAUGGAGGCUGAGAGGCGAAGAAGCCACAGAAGAAAAGUUUGAAGCUGGCAGACCUUGGUUCACGAGGCAUAAAGGAAAGAGGCUGUCCUCAUAACCUGAGAGCACAAGGUGAGGCAGCAAGCGCUGAUGCAGAAGCUGCCGUCACGUCGAGACAAGACCCUUCCCUGGCAAAAAGAUUGACGUGCGGAAAGCUCCGAUGUCAUGGUUAGCACUUUAUCAACAAUAAAGUAUUUUUUAACUAA